AUGGACGAUCUGGCCCAGCUCCAAAGCUGCAGCAACGAGCUCGCCACUGCCAUUACGAGCCUGGCGAGCUACGCUGGAAGUGGAAACGCCCAGCAAGCCUUCAAUAAUCAGUCACCUUUUGAGCCAGAAGAAGUUCAGAGAGCAAAGGGAAACAUCUUAGCGGUUGCCACCAAGCUUAGGACGUUGAUAUGCGGGCCGACAGACUUUCUGCAGCAUCUCGCGAGCCAGGUUAGCGAAAUCCUCGCGUGUCUGCGGUGGCUCGGUGAGUUCCAAAUCCUGGCCUGCAUCCCGUUGAUGGGGAGUGCGCCGAUCAAAGAUAUCGCCGACUUGACCAACGUCCCAGAGUCUCGCCUGCGCCGCAUCAUCCGGUUGACUGCGACGGCUGGCUUUCUUCGCGAGCCAGAGCGUGACCAUGUGGCCCAUACACCUUUAUCGGCAUCCUUCUUCUCGAACCCGUCUCUUCUGGAUGCCGCCAUGUUUCUCUCUGAGUCCGCAGCUCCAACUGCAUUGCAGAUGCCCCAAACCGCCCAAGUGAAAGAGAAAUCGAGCUCGCCUCCAUCCAAUGGUACUCCAUGCGACCUGGUCUUGCCCAGGGGCAUGGAAUUCCAUACCGCCUGCAAACGGCGGCCAAAGCUGAAUCGUCAAUGGUUGGCAUAUCUUCACCACGCGGCGGGUUUACAUACGGCCGACGAUAUAGCCGCCGUUCUCACGCAGCUGGACUGGCCCAAACUGACCAACGGGCGCGACGGAAUAUGCCAUGCCGUAUCCCGGGUUGACCACUGUCACGCGCAGGUCGGCGUCUCUUCGUGGUCCACGUCGAUAGCUCGACGCCUGGCGCACUUUUACCCAGCCCUCCAUUUCACCGUCCAGAUCAGCGACCCAGCCGCUGCCAUCACCCAAGAGGAGUUCCACCCCCGGAUUACGGCGACGAGUCGCAUCCUCGGGACACGGCAGACGGCAGCGGGCGCCGCUGUCUACAUCCUGCAUCUCCCGUUCGCGUCGUCCUCCCCGAGUGCGGUGAUGACGGAGCUUGCCGUGCACCUCGACGUUCUGCGGUCGCGUAGCGGCAUCCUGCUGAUCCUAACGCCUCGUCUUCUGCCCCAGCCUGGGAGCCUCCCUGACGCUGAAGUUGAGGCGACGGCCCGGUCUCGGGAUCUGGCGCUCUGGCAGAUGGCGGACGAGGGCGAGAUGGAGAUGCUCGAGUUGCUAGAAACGAUUGACACGGUUCGGGACAGCCUUGGAAAAUUGGUCGUAACCUCUAAACUACGCUCGCGGAACAAUUUGGUUGUUGCUGUAACGGUCGAGUACCAGAGGGAUUUACCUAGCUAG